AUGCGGGUGGCCACGCAGGGCACCGACAUCUUCUCCUUCGACGAUCCUGCGGUGGAGACCAGCCUAAAGGUUCAGCAGUACUACGGCUUCCAGGCAGCCUUGGAUGAGACCCCAGGUUGCCGAGACCAAGCUCACCAGGACCAGGCCGUCUGCGAGGCGGACGAGGUGUGCGAGUGGGUUCAGCGUGGGCCCAGCGCACAGUGCCAAGACAUCGAGUGCCCAACGGCUCCGCCCAAAAGGCGCGAGUCGCCCCUGUACUUAGACUUCCUGCCUGCCUUCAUCAGUGUGCUGUAUGAAGCAGUUGAAGAAAACGGGAACAUCCUAGAUGACGACAUCAUCCAGAUCAUCUACGACUACGAGCGUGAGCUCUUCACGGAUGUUGGGGGCGCCGAGCUGAACUACAACGGGGAGAAGAGGCCGUCACCAUGGACGCAGGACUGGUGCCUUAUGAGCUAUCCAUCCCACGGCUAUGGAGACGCAAAGUGUGCGUCGGGCGUGGGCUUUGGCCACAUGUUCACGCUCAACGAUGACGCCCGUGCGACGAUCCGGACCCAAGCGUUGGCGGGCCACAACUUCUUGGGCUUGCAGGGAAUGAUGGCAUGCAUAUGCCACAACGAAGAUACUUGCCUCAUUUGCAACGCGGAUGGGACCAUGAAGGGCGCUGGCACAGCCGAUCCAAAGACGGCCUGGCCGACCGCGAUCCAAACGUGCAUCGCCGACUGGAAGAGCAACGUGAUCACCCUGUCCCAGGCCGCAUCGACUGGGCCGACGACAACUACGACAACACUGGACCCGACCUCGGCCCUGGGACAAUUCUGCUCUCAGACGGAAACACGAAGCUUCGGACCGCCCCAGCCCAGCGGGCCCCUGAACACGAUGGUGCUGGACAUGAUGGAGCAGUUCAUGUAUCAGUCGCUACAGGCUGGAUGCCACUCGGGCCUGAGAAAUGCUGGUGCUGGGUACUCAGAGCUUCGCUCGCAUGGCAUCACCGGCGUGGCAGUUAUUGCACGAGGCCUCCGGCCGCCGUUCCCAGGAUCCUUCCGAUAUCUGACGGUCGACCUCCUAGAUGACGGCACUGACGACUUGCUCGUGCAUCUUCCACGGAUCUUCUCCUUUCUGGAUGAUGUGUUGAACAGCCAGGGCAAGGUGCUCGUUCAUUGCCAAGCAGGGAUGAGCCGUUCCGUGUCUACAGUGGUUGCGUACCUGAUGCGGCAGUGGAAGCUUCCCUUUGACCUGGCGCUUGAGAUGUUCAGGGACGUCUAUCCAAGUGCUGCACCUGCCGAGAACUUCUGUGAGCAACUGCAGGUCUUCGAAGAUGCUGGCUUCCUUCUUGAAGACGAUGCUCCUCCGGCAUUGGAGCCUCUUCGGGUGUUGCAAAGGUCCACGGAGCAUCAGGGAACUCAGAAGCAUCACCUUGGCUCAGAUGGGAAGGCAGUGGAUGAGUCGGUAGAGGCAACAGACGGCCACGGAGAGCAAGAACAAAAGUCCACCGGAAAAAUUGUUCAGCUGCAAGACUCCUUCGCAUCAGGAAGUGACUUUGGCAGCAUCGCCAAAGGUCAAGGAUCAGAUGGAUUCUGGCAAAGUGCUCUUACAGGCUUGCAUCUUCAGCAGGGAAUGAGCGCAGCAGCUGCAAAGGAGAAGGUCAUGGCUACUUGGGGUCAAGCCUCCCCAUUGUCCCCAUGGCGCCUCUACGUACAAGAAUGGCGAGCCUACACCUGGAGGACAGUGGAUGUGGACAUCGCCAGAGAGCUUCGGAAAGAGCUCGUUCACGAGACUUUGACCAGAAAUCGCGGAGUCCAAAUGCCGCAAUCUUCGGGCGUCUGCUGUUGUGCCAAAUGCCACAAGGCCUUGUUUUCGAGUCAGAACCUGCUGCAUGACUGCCCUGGUGGGUACUACGUCGAGCCGAUGCAGUGGAUGGAAGCAUCUUCCUCAGAGGGAAAGCUCAACUGCGCCUGCGGGGCAAAGUUGGGGAGCUACACAUGGAGUGGGCAGUCGUGCGGCUGCAAGCUCUGGAUGGCCCCAGCUUUCAACCUUCAGAAGAAGAAGGUCCAGUGGAAAGAGUCGAAGAAGGGCUUUGGGGGCAUCGAGAUGCCCAAACCCAUGUUUGGAGAGUGUACAGACUGUACAGCGGACUAA